AGCACUCUCCUUCACUUUGGAGUUUGUCAGAAUAAAAGCCUUCGGUCACAAGUUAUUUGCGACGUCAAUUUGAGUUAAAUCAAACAGAAACGGAACAAAUGCGACGUAAGGGUUAUUAUAUAAUUUCAUGUUUUACUCGGUAUUUGUUCCUUGCAAACGAAACCACCGGAAGCUAGCGCUGACAGUCGUGCCGCUGUCACGCCCACAGAGGUCAACGUUGGCUAACAAACGCUAAGCUUGGCUAACCGACGUAACGACGUCAAGGUUGUUUUUACGUGUUUGAAACCGCCCAACGGAAACACACUGACUGAGAAUCAAACUGAUGUCCACGCGGAGGACGUGGUGCGUUCAGAGUCUUGCACUGACGUCAUUGCGAGCCGCUUCCAUCAGACCAUGCACGUUUAGCUGCAGCCAACUUCCUUGAGAAGGGCGAUGGCGCGACACAGCAAGCUGCAGAAGCAGGUCCUGGCGCUGUACCGACAGUUCCUGCAAGCCGGCCGUGACAAGCCGGGCUUCCUCCCCCGAAUCCGCGACGAGUUCAGGGAGAACGCCAGCAUCAAGAAGACAGACGUGAUGCACAUCGAGUAUUUGUACCGGCGCGGUCAGCGGCAGCUUGAGCAGCUCCGAGAUGUCAACACAAAACAGCUGGGCUCCUUCUCCAAAAGCCAAGAGCACAGAUGACCGCCCACAUCCUGUCACGUGACCCAGGACAAUCCACUCAAAAGACUUGACCACCAGCUCCUGUUGGCCCUACUGCUUCACUUUAUUCAAAUAAAACUAAUUUCUACUCAAAUACAUAAAUAUGACAGUAAAUGUCUUUAUU